GUCAUAAUGUGCAUGACUAUUUCCGUAUAGAGGUCGAAUGCAUGUGCCAGGACAUUUACUAAACAACAUUUUAGUACGGUUUAGACUUUAGCCGAACGGUCUGGCCAAUCUAGUAUCUGCUGAUCGGCUUUGAAUCCGGUACUCGCUCGAGGCCCAAUAGAAUCGACAGAGUGGGCGAGUUCCGGAGGGAAAAAGAAUAUUGUAGAAAAACAUUCCAUAAUUUAUACAUAGAUUUAUACAUAUAUAUAUAUGUGUGUAUAUAAUUAAGCCGUACUCAGUGAAGAAAAAUUACGACAAUAUUCUCUCGAGAAAGACAGACUGACAAGGAUAAUCAAGAAUUUUUGAAAAUUUUAACAAAAACACCAAAAAAAUACUCUUAUAUAUAAAUAUAUAUAAAGGGAGAUAAAGGAACUUUCAUCCCUCAAAAUGUAUUCGAUUCGUAAAGCCAAUAAAGUACUUUCCAGGCACAGAGAGGCACUACAGAUUUUAAAUAUUUCCCAAAAGAAUUUUAGCACUGAUGUUGAAUAUAAACCGAUUCGCAGCGUUCUAGUCGCAAAUCGAGGCGAAAUUGCAAUUCGUGUUUUUCGAGCAUGCACAGAACUUGGAAUUCGAUCAGUGGCAAUUUAUUCCGAGCAGGACAAAAUGCAAAUGCAUCGACAAAAGGCUGAUGAGGGCUACAUGGUUGGUCGUGGUCUUCCACCCGUUCAGGCUUAUCUAAAUAUUCCAGAAAUAAUUAAAGUUGCCAAAGAGAAUAAUGUCGAUGCCAUUCAUCCAGGCUAUGGUUUUCUAUCGGAAAGAUCUGAUUUUGCUCAAGCAGUUGUCGACGCUGGAAUUAGAUUUAUUGGUCCUAGUCCAAAAGUCGUGCAGCAAAUGGGAGAUAAAGUGGCAGCUAGACAAGCAGCAAUUGAAGCUGGAGUACCAAUAGUUCCCGGAACUGAUGGACCAGUAACGACAGCCGAUGAGGCCAUGGAAUUUUGCAUGAAACAUGGACUUCCAGUUAUCUUCAAAGCUGCCUAUGGAGGUGGAGGACGAGGUAUGAGAGUUGUUAGACAAAUGGAAGAGGUUCGAGAAAUGUUCGAAAGAGCUUCAUCAGAAGCUAAAGCUGCAUUUGGAAAUGGUGCUAUGUUUAUUGAAAAAUUCAUCGAAAGGCCCAGACAUAUUGAAGUUCAACUUCUUGGCGAUAAUGGAGGAAAUGUUAUUCAUCUAUUUGAAAGAGAUUGCUCUGUUCAAAGACGUCAUCAAAAGGUUGUAGAAAUUGCUCCUGCUCCAAGUUUAGAUCCAAAAGUUAGAAAUAAAAUGACAGAUCAUGCAGUGAGAUUAGCAAAACAUGUUGGAUAUUCAAACGCUGGUACUGUCGAAUUUUUAGCUGACGAAACAGGAAAUUUCUACUUUAUUGAAGUCAAUGCAAGACUACAGGUUGAACAUACUGUUACUGAAGAAAUUACAGGAAUUGAUUUGGUCCAAUCGCAAAUUCGCAUUGCCGAAGGAAUAACAUUACCGGAAAUGGGAAUGACACAGGAAAAUAUAAAACCUCAAGGAUAUGCGAUUCAAUGUCGAGUUACCACUGAAGAUCCUGCUAAAAGUUUUCAACCCGAUACAGGAAGAAUUGAAGUAUUUCGAUCUGGUGAAGGAAUGGGCAUUCGUUUAGAUGGUGCUUCUGCAUUUGCUGGUGCUAUUAUUUCGCCAUAUUAUGAUUCUCUACUUGUUAAGGUAAUUGCACAUGCAGCCGAUUUACAAUCAUCGUGUGCAAAAAUGAAUCGUGCACUUCGAGAAUUUCGUGUUCGUGGUGUAAAGACAAAUAUUCCAUUUUUAUUGAAUGUCCUUGAAAAUCAGAAAUUCCUCAAUGGAAAUGUUGACACAUAUUUUAUUGAUGAAAAUCCUCAACUAUUUCAAUUUCAACCGAGUCAAAAUCGAGCACAAAAAUUAUUAAAUUACUUGGGUACUGUUCUUGUAAAUGGUCCCAGUACCCCAUUAGCUACAAAUUUAAAACCAGCUGAAAUUCGGCCAUACGUUCCUCAAAUAGCAAUUGACUUUGCUAAGCUUGCAGCUGCCGAAGAGUCCAGCGAUGAGGACCUUCCAGGACUUUUAGAUCCACCAAAAGGUUUUCGACAAAUUUUAAAAGAAAAGGGACCCGAAGCUUUUGCUAAAGCUGUUCGUGAACACAAAGGUUUACUUCUAAUGGACACAACUUUCCGUGAUGCACAUCAAUCACUCCUGGCAACUAGAGUCAGAUCUCAUGAUUUACUAUUAAUUUCUCCAUUUGUCGCUCACAAAUUCAGUAAUCUUUAUGCACUCGAAAAUUGGGGUGGAGCAACAUUUGACGUAGCUUUAAGAUUUUUACACGAAUGUCCUUGGGAACGUCUCGAAGAUAUGAGAAAAGCUAUUCCCAAUAUACCAUUUCAAAUGUUACUACGAGGUGCUAAUGCCGUUGGUUAUACAAAUUAUCCCGACAAUGUUGUUUUUAAAUUUUGCGAACUCGCCGUUCAAACUGGAAUGGAUAUAUUCAGGGUUUUUGAUUCAUUGAAUUAUCUACCGAAUCUCAUUCUUGGUAUGGAAGCUGCUGGUAAGGCAGGUGGAGUUGUUGAAGCAGCAAUCUCUUACACUGGAGACGUAAGUGAUCCAUCGAGGACAAAAUAUGAUCUCAAAUAUUACACGAAUUUGGCUGAUGAAUUGGUUAAGGCUGGAACUCACGUUUUGUCAAUAAAAGACAUGGCUGGACUUUUAAAACCAAGAGCCGCUGGUCUACUUAUUGAUGCCAUCAGACAAAAACAUCCAGACAUUCCAAUUCACAUUCAUACACACGAUACAGCAGGUGCUGGAGUUGCUUCUAUGUUGGCUUGCGCUCAAAGUGGAGCUGAUGUUGUUGAUGUUGCCGUUGACAGUAUGUCUGGCAUGACAAGUCAACCUUCAAUGGGAGCUGUUGUUGCUGCCCUUCAAGACACACCAUUGGACACAAAUUUGGAAUUAAGUGACAUUUCUGAGUACUCAGCCUAUUGGGAACAAACACGAACUUUAUACGCACCAUUUGAAUGCACAACAACCAUGAAAUCUGGCAAUGCGGAUGUUUAUCUCAAUGAAAUUCCCGGUGGACAAUAUACAAAUUUACAAUUCCAGGCGUAUUCCCUUGGACUUGGUGAAUUUUUCGAGGACGUUAAAAAAGCCUAUCGUGAAGCUAAUAUUCUUUUGGGUGAUGUUAUUAAAGUUACUCCUAGCUCAAAAGUUGUUGGUGAUCUCGCACAAUUUAUGGUUCAAAAUAAAUUAACUGCCGACGAUGUACUCAGUAAGGCUGAGGAAUUAUCAUUUCCAAAAUCAGUUGUUGAAUUUCUUCAGGGUGCCAUUGGUGAACCAUAUGGUGGUUUUCCAGAACCUCUUAGAUCAAAAAUUCUUAAGGAUAUGCCACGUGUGAAAGGAAGACCUGGAGCAAAUCUUGCGCCUCUUGAUUUUGAAAAAGUAAAAAAAGAAGUCAAAGAAGCUCAUCCACAAGCAACAGAUAGAGAUGUUAUGUCUGCAGCACUUUAUCCAGAAGUGACAAAUGAUUAUUUAACUUUUAAGGAAUCAUUUGGACCUGUUGAUAAACUUGAUACAAGAAUAUUCCUUACAGGACCUAAAGUUGGUGAAGAAUUUGACGUUACCAUUGAAAAGGGAAAAACUUUAGGUAUCAAGACUCUAGCAAUGUGUGAAGAUCUUACUGCUAAUGGAGAACGCGAAGUGUUCUUUGAAAUGAACGGUCAAUUGAGAUCAGUCUUCAUUAAGGACAAAGAAGCUGUUAAGGAACUUCAUUUUCAUCCAAAGGCAAACAAGGCGGAUAAAAGUCAAGUCGGUGCACCAAUGCCAGGUUCGGUAAUUGAUAUUAGGGUAAAAGUUGGCGAUACAGUGGAAAAAGGAGCAGCUUUAGUUGUACUUUCUGCAAUGAAAAUGGAGAUGGUAGUUCAGGCACCGAAAGCUGGAAAAAUAAAAUCUCUCGAAAUCACACAAGGAAUGAAAUUGGAAGGUGAAGAUCUCCUCUUAACAAUGGAAUAAAAAUUGUCUGGCAAAAAUAUCUAAAGAGAUUUUCCUAACGAGCUGGUCUCGUCACACAUCAAAAAAAAAAAAAAAAAGUUUAGAAACUUUUUCUUAAAUGAAAAAAAGCAAAUUAAUUAUCAUUAAGCACAUGUGAAUUAAUUAAUAUCAACAUCCGUUAAUCAUUUAAAGAUUUAAAAAAUCUAUGAUGGACUAUAAACUUGCAUCGAAUUUUAUGCGAAAUUAUGAAAAAAACAUUAUUGCGCUUGCAAUAAUGUCAUUGGAACGAAAAAUUUAGAUGUCAAUUAAUAAUUUGUCCGUCUUAAUUUGUAAAGUUUAUAUAGAAAAAUAGUAUAGAACAUUUUUUGUAAAUUUUUAAAGAAUCUUUCACAAAAUGUUUUUUAAAAAAAAGCGAUUAAAGUCAAAUAAGUGAGGAAUUGAAAACAAAUCAAUUAAAUAUAGUCAAUAAUUUGAUGAAUUAGUAAUAAAUUUAAUUAAUUAAUAAUUACGAAAUAAAUUACUAAUUCCUUACAUAUUAAUUAAUAAAGAAAUUUCGAGAAUUGAGUCCGAUAACGAUUUUUAAAUACAAUUUUUUAAUGUUUAUUUGCACAAGAAUCGUAUUCAAUGAAAAAAAAUAUUCAAAUGCGAAAAUUAGUUAAAUUUUUUAAAUAGCACAAGACACCACAUACCAUUGCCAUAUUAAAGCCUUAUCAAAUGUAUAUUAAUUGAACGUUACUCAACAAUUUUAAGUAAAUGUUAUCAAUUCGGGACAAGAAGAUAAUUAAUUUCCUUGAUUAUAAUAAUAUAUAGUUAUACAAUCAUCGAUCGAAAUAUAUAUUAAAUAAAAAUAUUUAAAAAAAUAGUGCUUCCAAAUUAGAAAAAGAGAAACGAAUUUAACAAGUGAAUCGAAAAGAAUAUUGUUGUAGAGUUUAUUUAAUUGUUUUUUUUUUAAUGAAAUGUUAAUUGUUUUCAUAUUAAGAAAAUAUUAUAAAAUAGAUUUAUAAUAAAUGUACAAAUUAAAAUUUA